CGAGUCAAACUGCCAAGCAGCAAAAUCUCCGCUGCGCCUUAAUUACCCGCUGCCCCGCCUCACCAAAUCAAACCCCACGCGCGCACCAACCAGAUUCACCCGUGCACCGCCGCGGCGCCGCCCCCCCAUUGUGCCCCAACCCCAAAAAUGCCAUCCGUCACCACCAUGGAUGACCCCGCCGCCGCCGCCGCACCGACGGAGGACCAGCAGACGCUACCGAGAUGGUACCAGCUGGAGGCGCUUGAGCGGGCGAUGAGCGGGAACACGGUGGUUUUCCUGGACACGGGGGCCGGGAAGACGCUCAUCGCGGGGAUGCUGCUGCGCGCCUACGCGCACCGCGUGCGGAAGCCGGCACGGGACUUCGCCGUCUUCCUCGUCCCCAACCGCGUGCUCGUCGAGCAGCAGGCGCGGGUCGUCCAGGCGCAUACCGACCUCCGCGUAUCCAAGUUCACCGGGGACAUGGGCGUCGACUUCUGGAACGCCGCAACCUGGCGCCGUGUGGUGGACGACGCCGAGGUGCUCGUCAUGACGCCGCAGAUCCUCCUCGACAACCUGCUCCACAGCUUCUUCCGCCUACAGGACAUCGCGCUGCUCAUAUUCGACGAGUGCCACCGCGCUAAAGGAAAUUACCCCUAUGCGUGCAUUCUCAAGGAAUUCUACCACCCACAGCUAAAUUCCAGACCACAGGACCCUCUGCCGAGGAUAUUUGGGAUGACUGCUUCGCCCACAGAUACCAAAAAUAAACAGCCAGAAGUCUACUCCAAACAAAUCUUUGAUCUCGAAAAUCUACUGAAUUCGAAGGUGUACACAGUUGAUAAUCAAUCAACUUUAUCGGAUUACCUACCGCUUGCUACUACGCAGAUCGUGCAUUACGAUUCUUCUAUCAUUCCAUCCAACACAUAUAACCAUAUUAAGAGUUGUUUGGAAAGAUUGAAAGAAAAGCACUUCGAAGUCUUGAAGGCAAACGCAAACCUAUAUGGCUCAUCUCUGGAAAACGCGAAGAAAGGGAUAUCCAAAUUACACAAGACAUUCUUAUAUUGCACAGCUAAUCUGGGAGUAUGGCUGGCGGCAAAGGCAGCUGAGGUGCAGUCAACAACUAACGAACAAUUCUUACCUUUCUGGGGUGAUGAAAAGCUGGAUAAAAAUGUUGAAGGCUUUGUGAGAAACUACAGUGAAGAAGUAUACAGGGAACUCUCAUGUUUUUCAACAAGAGGUCAUAUUGGUGAAGAUUUUGUAGCCGAUUUGCAAGAUGGGCUAUUGACACAUAAAGUUCAUUGUCUUGUCCAAUUUCUUCUGGAGUACAGGCAUAUGGAAGACUUAAGAUGCAUUGUAUUUGUCGAGAGAGUUAUUACAAGCAUUGUAUUGGAGUCCCUACUGUCCACUAUCAGUCAAAUGUCUGGCCGGAUUGUUAAACACAUUGCAGGAAACAGAUCUUUGUUGCACCAUCAGAGUAGGAAUAAACAAACGGAAAUUGUUGACUCCUUUCGAGGAGGAAAGGUACAUAUAAUUGUGGCCACACAAGUUUUGGAGGAGGGUGUGGAUGUGCCAAGUUGUCACUUAGUGAUCCGCUUUGAUCUGCCAGCAACUGCACGCGGGUUUAUACAGUCACGUGGUCGAGCUAGGAUGCCAAACUCUGACUAUGUUUUGCUUGUUAGAAGGGGGGAUGCAAAGGCCCGUUCUAAGAUAGAAAAGUUUCUUGGAAGCGGGCAAAUGAUGCGGGAAGCAUCUCUGAGGCUUGCAUCUUCUAUGUGUAAACCACUUCAGAACACCCUGUGUGAAGAAGAUCAUUACCAUGUUGAAUCUACUGGAGCAAUUGUGACUAUGAACUCCAGUGUCAAGUCUAUCUAUUUUUUCUGCUCGAAGCUCCCAUCCGAUGAAUAUUUUCAACCUCUGCCAAGAUUUAGUAUUGACAAGGCAUUGGGAACUUGCACCCUGUACCUCCCCAAGAGCAGUCCUGUACAGAUUGUUAAUAUAGAAGGAGAAGUUUCCAUCCUCAAGAAGGCAGUUUGUCUUAAGGCCUGCCGAGAACUACAUGCUAUCGGUGCCCUCACAGAUCAUCUCUUACCAGAAUUAGGUUUUCCAUGUGAAGAAGAACCUGACAUUGUUGUUGAGAAAUAUCAGCACGAGCAUCCUGACUACUUCCCAGAAGAAUUUGUGCACAAUUGGUUAUCCUUUUCUCGUCUUGGAAUAUAUUAUUGCUACAAGAUUUCAGUGGAAGGCUGUUCGAAAACAACUUCUUGUCCAAAUGACAUACUUUUAGCUGUGAAAUGUGAGUUGGGACCAGACUUUGUCUCUAGCUCAAUUCAAUUGUGUGGUGUGCAAGACUAUGCUAGUGUUGCUAUGAAAUAUGUGGGAAUCAUUCAUCUGAAUCAAGAACAGGUAAUAAUGGCUAGAAGGUUUCAGACUACUAUUCUUUCUUUGCUUGUCAAUAAAGGCCAUCCUGAUGUCAGCAAUGCAAGUAAAUACUUCCAUGAGAUGCAAGUGUCGAUUGGAGUUGUCUACCUACUGCUACCCUUAGUUUCUGGCAAAGUUGAUUGGUGUAGUAUCAAGUUCUCAGCCUCGCAAGUUUAUGAUGCUAGUAACAAGGAUAUGAUGCAUUGCCAUUCUUGUAAACAAGUUGAUAUACUGCAAACAAAAGAUGGUCCUCUGUGCAGGUGCCUGCUUAAAAAUUCCGUUGUCUGUACCCCUCAUAAUAACGAAUUGUAUGUAGUUACUGGAUUUCUUGACUUAAAUGCCAAAUCCCUUCUGCAUUUACGUGAUGGCAAUGUCCCUACCUACACAACCUAUUUCAAGACUAGGCAUGGCCUGAAUCUAACACAUGAAAAUCAACCCCUGUUGGCUGCCAGUAAACCUGGUGAAGUGCGGAACUUCCUCCAAAAGCGCCAUUAUAAGAAUAAAAAAGAACCUUGCACAUCAUAUUCUGUUGAGUUGCCACCUGAGCUCUGCAGACUUGUCAUGUCACCAGUGUCCACUAAUACUUUGUUCAUCUUCUCAAUUAUUCCUUCUGUAAUGUACCGCAUCCAAUGUUUGCUUCUUUCUGCAAAGUUGAAGGUUCAGUUGGGCCCAAGAAUGCAGCAGUUUGCCAUACCAGCUCUGAAGGUUCUAGAAGCAGUAACAACCAAGGAAUGCCAAGAAGAAUUUUCACAGGAAUCAUUAGAAACUCUUGGUGAUUCUUUCCUCAAGUAUGUCGUCACACAGCAUCUAUAUUGCAAAUACACACUUCAUCAUGAGGGAACAUUAACCAAGAUGAAGAAAAACUUGAUCUCCAAUGCAGCUCUAUGCCAGCUGGCCUGCAACAACAAUCUUGUGGGUUACAUUCAAGGCGCAGAGUUUAACCCAAAAGGUUGGAUCAUUCCAGGGCUUGGUUACCACACAUGUGGCAGAAGCAAAACUCUUUGUUUAAGCUCCAAUGAUAUGUACAGUUUGAGUAAAAUGUCUGUUAGAAGUAAAAGAAUAGCAGAUACAGUUGAGGCCUUAAUUGGAGCCUACCUCAGUGCCGCUGGAGAACAGGCUGCAUUUCUUUUCCUAAAAUCAUUAGGAUUGGAUAUAGAAUUUCACCAGAAGAUUCCGUUUGAAAGGAAGAUUGUGAUAAAUUAUGAAAAGUUCAUCAAUGUCAGAAGUUUGGAAAUAAUUCUAGGUUAUGAGUUCAAGGAUCCUUCAUUCUUGAUGGAAGCAUUAACGCAUGGGUCAUACCAGAUUGCCGGCACUACUGCAUGCUAUCAGAGGCUUGAGUUUCUCGGAGAUGCUGUGUUGGACCAUCUGUUCACUAUAUAUUACUACAAUCAUUACCCUGAAUGUACUCCAGAAUUGUUGACAAACCUUAGAUCUGCUUCAGUCAACAACUGUUGCUAUGCACACGCUGCUGCUAAAGCAGGACUAAACAAGCACAUUCUUCAUAUGUCGUCGGAACUGCAUAAAAGGAUGGCUAACUACCUUGAGAAAUCUGGACAGCCAUUUACCGGUCCAUCGCAUGGUUGGGAAGCAGGCAUUGGUCUGCCCAAGGUUCUUGGGGAUGCUAUUGAGUCAAUAGCUGCUGCAAUUUAUGUUGACAGCAAAUUUGACAAAGAAGUGGUUUGGAGGAGCAUGAAACGGCUACUGGAGCCGCUUGCGACCCCUGACACCGUUGAGUGUGACCCAGUGAAAGAGCUGCAGGAAUUUUGUGAUCGCAAAUCUUAUAGCAAGUCUUACACAAAGACCCACAAGGAUGGAGUAUCAUCGGUGGUUGCAGAGGUUCAGGUAGAAGGGACUAGCUACUCAGCAAUUGGAACUGGUCCUGAUAAGUCUGUUGCCAAAAAAUUGGCAGCGAAGUCGCUGCUAAAAAAUCUAAAGGCUAAACUGUAGUACUCAUGGCAUGCUGCAUUUGCUAUUAGUCGUCUGUUACUAACCUAUAGGUAACAAACUGAAGUUACUGUGAAAUUAUGUGUACUUCACAAAUGUGCAGCUCAACGGUUCUUGUGAAUAUUUAGAUUCAUGAAAUAUGUUAUUUCAUGCUCUGGAAAGCAUCUAUGGAACUUCACAUCCAUAAUGUUCAACUUGGAUCGUUGUAACCAUACUUUUUGCAGUAAAAGCAUUUGCUUUUGUUAGGGAAAUCUUGGUUGGAAGAUUGUGUUCUAUUCCUCUGUCAAGACAAAUGCUUGUGCCUCAUUGUGCUUCUUUUGCUCAAUGACAUACGUCCAUCAAAUGCAAUUAAAAGCCAUGAAACAUGUCUGAUUUUGCUUGUUGCCCUGUUGAACAGUUCCAUCAGUC